CUACUUCCCAUCAUGCAUCACGACGUUCAAGCAAAAAUGGCGGCAUUUCACAACGAUUGAGAAUCCGGCCAGAAUUUCCACAUAUUUCUUGUAGUUUUGUGAGAGUCUCCGAAGUGACAGGAUUUUCACACAUCGACCCAAGAUGUCGUCCUUUGUCACCGAGGUUCUGGCGACUACGGGUCGUCUGGAAAAGGACGAUUUGGUGAAGAAGACGAGUAAGUUGUCUAAGCGAGUGGAGGAUAUCAAAGGUGAGAUCUACGAGACCGUCACCCAGAGGUAUGGUGACUUUGUGCCCAGUAUGAACACCACCCUCGACCUGACAGCCAGGGUCAACGGCCUGGUCACCGAGGUCGACAACCUCAACAACAAGAUACAAAAUGAGGUCCAGGCCCAGCUCAGUACCUCCACCAGUGAGUUCCAGGACCUGCAGUCCCAGCUCAGGAGGACCAACACUGUGCUGGCUGUGCUGGGCAGGCUGUAUGACAUCCAGCAGGCACUGGACUCCCACCACAACGACAUGGACAGUCAGCAGUUCAUCUCAGCUGCUGCACGCCUCACACAGAUUGAGCAGAUCAUGGAGGAACUCCAGGAAGAUGGGUACUGUGAACUGAAGAUCCUGUCAGCUUUAGGUAUAGAGCUGCGGGUCCGCAAGGAAAACCUCAUCCACACCCUGGGGGAGGCGUGGGCCCGGGCGGUCGUGUGGAACAUUCCCCGCCCCAAGGAUCUCAGCGACGAGGAUCGCCUCCUGAAGACGGAACUGCGGCUCACGACGGUCACCGCGGAUGACGCGACCCUCCCCGGCACCCCCCGCAUGACCACGUUAGUCCGCGCCAUGGCGGACAUGAACGUGCUUCGCGAGAAGAUGAAGGUGUUCGCCAGGCGGUGUCUGGAGUACGUGUUUCUGCCUCUCGUCGUGCUGCCCAACGUUAGCCCCAAAACUGUAACCAUGAUGCAGAGCGAAGCUCUUCACUUCGACAAGCAAUCCAGCGGUAAGGACGUCACCAUCGCCCCGGCGGACCUCUACCGCAAGAUCGAAACAGUCCUCCAGUAUUUCAACAAGCAUCUGCUUGGGAUUGACGUGGGGGCGCCAGACAACAGCCUGAUGAGCAUGUUUAGUGACUUCCUUUGGGAGGACCUCUCUCAGGCUGUCAUCAAGGGCUGCCUGGUUCACUCCAUCCCUCGCACCAGCCAGGAACUCGAGAGGUACAUGGAGGUCAUAUCCGCCACCGAAGAGUUCGUUUCCUCGCUAGAAAAUCUGGGCUUCCUCCACGGGGAAGACUCGGCCCUCAUGAGAUACGUCAAGGAGAUAAACGUCCAUUUCGCCAACAAGAAGUGCCAGGACAUCCUGGCCUUCGCACGCGACCUGAUGACAUCAGAGAUGCUCGACACCGUGCAGGUCGGCACCAGCGACGACGCGCCCGCUCUGCCGAACAUUCGAGAGCUGCUGGGACAACAGUCGUCAAAGAAAACAAAGAGCAAACAGGAUGAGACAACGACCGCGUCCUUCGAGGCAACGUUCGACUCCAUGCCAGAGCUGCAGUGCCCGUUCCGCCUGCCCGUGUGUAGGAUCAGCGUAACGGUGGACAAGCUAGUCAAACUGGCGUACACCACGCUGUGCGAGGCCUGCGAGGUCACCACGAGCAACCCGAGCUGUGCUGUGCAGAUGUUCUACGCAGUGAGAGACAUGUUGGAACUGUACAUGGAGGUGGUGCCGUGUUACCACGAGGAGAACCUGAAGAAGCUCCCCCAUGUGACUGCCAUCCAUUAUAACAACUGCUUCUACAUCGCACACCAUCUGCUGACACUAGGCCACCAGUUCCUGGAGCACCUGCCCAAGGCCCUGGUGAGCUCGUGUGCCACGUUUGUAGACCAGAUCCCUGUCCUGCGUGAGCUGGGGACAGAGUGCCUGCUGCAGCAGAUGCGUAUCCAGAGGGACCAGGUCCUGGAGUACCUGGUCGGGGCUCACAACUUCACUAACAUGGCCGAGGACUACAACAGGGGCAACGCAGAGAAGGCUGUCAAAAAGGUUUUGCACCAGUUGACCCACCUAAGUAAGGUCUGGCAGGAUGUUCUUCCCACCAACAUCUACUGUAAGGCUCUGGGUUCCCUGCUCAACUCUGCCAUACAGGACAUUAUAGGUAAAGUGACAGCCCUGGAAGACAUCUCUGCAGAUGAUGCAGCUCAGCUCCACUCCCUGUGUGGGAUAGUCAAAGAGAGGGCCCCUCUACUGUUCCACCCUGUUGUCAAGGAGGACACCAAAAAUAGGAAAGCUGUAGAAGCAGAGGUCCAGCUGUACGUACCACAGUGGGUCAAGUUCAGCGAGCUCAUGGUCAUGCUGGACGCCAGCCUGCAGGACAUCGCUGACCGCUGGGCUGAUGGCAAGGGUCCCCUGGGGCAUGAGUUCACGGCUAUGGAGGUACGGGGGCUGGUCAGGGCCCUGUUCCAGAACACUGACAGGAGAGCUGCAGUUCUGGCCAAGAUCAAGCAGCAGUGAUUUCUUUGAUUAUCAUUUCUACAGUACUCAGGCAGAGGAAAAUUCAACCUUGUGUUUCCGGUCAAGCCAUGUUGAUGAUGAUUUGGUUAAAAAUGACAGUCUAGCAGUUAACUAGAUGUACAUAUAGUUAACUGAAUUGCACUGUUCCACAAACAGGGCUCGAAAUCCUUUUUUCUGCAUACCUGCACUGGUGCAGGUAACAUGGGAAAUUACCUGCACCAGACAAAUUUUACCUGCACCACUCUGAAUUCAGGAAGUGUGGAUCAUACUAGUACUAAAGUUGUUCAGGAACCAUUGCUAUUUUUGCUUUUCUACUUUAUAGGUUGUAACAGUUGAUAACAAUCCAUAUACACCUACAUCAUAAGACAUGUAUGUAUAAAACCCAGUAAAUGGACCAGUGCAGGUUAGGUGCAGGUAGACAACAGAAAUACCUGCACAGCUCCAAUUUUACCUACAAUUUUAAAGUAUUUCGAUCCCUGACAAAGUAAUACAACUCAGACUGACAACUAUAUGUAUGCUGAUUUGAUUAUGUGUAUGACUUCCUCUGAGAACCCCAAAACUGAUAUGAGCGUGCAACUGCAAAGACAAAAAAGUUUGUAAAAAAAAGUAGCCCUCCAUUUGAAAUCUAAGUGGUCAGGAAGGUUGAAUAAUUGACUUUCGAGUAUGGUAUACACCGAACCUUGACACCGAACAAUAGAUUUUUCAUUUUUGAUCUUUCACCUUGUCUUUGAUUUUGAAACUGACUUUUGCAUUCUACAACUGUGAGUACCUGCUUUUGGAUAUUUUAUGGCAAUUCAUGGCUUAUAUUUCAAAUGCUCAUUUUGCGGCCGCUUUGUACAAUUAACAGUAAUCAGUAUGGUCAAAAUUUUGGUCUUAAGAAGCAGACGAAAAUGUAUUUGCUACUAUUACUAUUGUAUGUUAUUCAUAUUAUCAUCAAAUCUACAUGGUCUUAUGAAUUCAUCCAACAAGAAAACCGAAAGGCAUGAAGACUGUGAUACUAGUAUUUUCAACAUCAUAUUAUAUAGUUCAACAAUUAAUGUACAAGUAUAUCAAUAAGCAAAACAAAGAAGUACAAUGUUUAGUACCCAUCCUGACAUCAACUGUUCCAUGGCUCAAUCUGUCAAGAGUUUGUGGUCGUAACCAGGUUGAAAUUUUUAUGGUCUUAACCAGCGGUUAGCCACAAAUAGGGCUAGAGUUGGCAUAUUUUUGAUAUGAUCAAUGACAUAUACUGAAACACACUCUCGGCAUUUGUUUAUUAGACCACACAUAUAAAUGGCAGUAUGGAAUAAAACAUGAUAAAGACUACUUACAGUGUUUCAUAAUCAUAGGAUUAUCUAAGAGCACAUUGACUCAAAGAUGUCAACAGUCAUAGGUGGAACUUGUCCUAGUUAAGAUUCUGUUUCAGGCAACUACUAGUAAAAACUUUGCAUACAACACUGUAAAAUACAGUGUUAAGGCUGAAAAAUAGAC